CAUACCCGCUCUUAUAAAAGACCGAGCGACGACGUUGCAAAACCAUUCUCCAUAUCACACCAGUAGACGAAUCUCCUCUCUCAUUAAGAAGGUUCCUGGGCUUACAGAUCAUAUUAUUCGAGUUCAACAAGUUAUCAAAACCGUGAUUAUCCUGACCUAAAACAAGGAACCUAGUAUCAGAGUAGAUUGAGACAAGAAUAAACAUGUCGAGUACAUACGGAAACACCGGCAACGAAGGCCAGAGAGGGUAUGAUGACGGAAAUGGCGAUGUGAAUACAUAUAGCAACAGAGGCAACGAGCCAUCCCGACAUAGAGACGUUAUCGACCUUUUAGUGAAUCCAGGCAAAGGGAAGCAGUUGACGAUGCAGGCAGACAUAAACUGGACGCUCGAUAAACUACACAGGAGCUCUGCCGAAAGAUGUGGCAUGAGUCACAGUCAGUGCUACUCAACUUGUGCCAGCAAGCCGGUUUCGGGCUCAAGCACGGUUCGCGAAGCGGGUAUACGAAAUGGCUACACCGUCAACCUCAAUGCGCGUCUUCGCGGAGGCUAAACAUGGUGACUUUAAUAAGAAGAUUAUUAUAUCAUGACGUAAUUUGUAAGAUGUUAAGAUAUGUUGACCGACAGAGGUUAUGUCAUGUACGUGGCAGAAGACAUGUAUGCAGAAUAAGUAAUAAUAAACGAUGAGCAUUUCUCAUGAAAAGGGUACAGAUGUAAAUGAAGGCACAUUGACUGAUAUAUAAAACUGUCAAGUACAAUCGAUGGCAGUGGUUAAGUUUGGAUGAACAGUUGUGUGACAAAAUAGAGGUAACGAGAAACAACACAAGUCUAUUACUUCUGUCAGCUAUUCAAAUUCAUGAUGAAAUUGGCAGAGCCGUCAGCUUAGAUUGAAAAGAAAGGACUAGAUAUAAACACGUCCAGCCAAGUUAUCUAAUGGCUGUGAGAUAACUAGAGUGUGACGAUAAGCUUGCAGUCAGCAAACGAUUUAGGUUGCAAACACGCCCCGUUCACGAGAUCCAGCGUCAACCCAACCGCCCACUUAAAAUUUGACUUUGUUUGGACCCAUUUGAUAAUAAUGUUUUCAGUAACUGACAAAUUUCCACCAAGUCACGUGGAGUAAUGUACUCUGAAUAGCUAGAUAAUCAUAUUGUUUUAGUGCUAAAUUUGUAGUUACUGUUACAAUUAUGUUUACUUGUUACGAGUAUCGAUCUUAUUUCAUUUUCGUUAUGUUUGAUCUGGAGUUUACCAUUCUAAACGAGAAGGAGAGUUGAUAUACAGAUAAAUAAAAAUGAAAAACAUUCCAGAUAAGUAAGAUAUGGAUCUGAAUAAAUAUUCAUUGUAGAUUUGGGGGUUUUAACCUCAUAUAUACAUCAGUACUUAGUGUUUAAGGUAGUUAAAUAAUACUUAGAAAUUCGUUGCUUAAUAUAAGCUAAGAAUAUUAUGACUCAUCGACCCCCCCCCCCUUCUAACUAGGAAUAUGGUAAAGAAACAUUGUAUUAAAAAAUCUAAACAUUCUGACUUUUUGAAUAUUCUUAUUCUAAGAUUAUAUACAGAUUUAUCUCUCUUACUUUUUAUACAAUGUCAAUCUGCACUCUUUUAUUUUGGUGUCUGAGUAAAUUGAUCAUAAUGGUUCUUUCAACUGUUUUUAUUUCCUUAAACUGGCAAAUACUAGCAUAAUUAAGUAAUUUAAUUAUUUUAACUCACUUGGUCUGUAUGUGAUAUAUUGUUGUUGCAUACUAUCAAGCCGACUAUAGAUUUAGGCGCUAGUAUGCGAAUUUUUCUUUUCUAAGCAGAAGUACUGACAUAUGUAUUCUAUUUCAAUCAUUGAUUGAAUUAAUAUGAUAUCAUUGUAUAUGUAUAAUAUUAUAACGUUGCAUAUUUAAUUAUGAAAUUGUGACAUUUUUCAGUCGAAUAAUUGUUUACAUCUCUUGAUUGGUAGAAUAAAAUACUUUAUUAGCAAAUUGAUUCAAUGCGAUAAAAAAAAAA